AUGCGUCUGCAGACCGCCGCGGACGCACUCCGUUGCAAGACCUUCCCCAUGUUUCUUAAGGGAAAGGCACGGCUCUGGUUUCAGGGCCUGGCGCCGGGGUCCAUCCGGAGUUUCACCGAGCUGGCCAGACAGUUCGCUGCCCAGUUCGUCUCCUCGAAGACUUACUCGAAAAACGCGGCUCACUUGAUGGCCGUCAAGCAGAAGCCGGACGAGUCCCUAAAGAAUUUCAUGACGCGCUUCAACACAGAAAGCCUGCAGAUCAGGGACAAAGAUGAGAAAGUGGUCAUGGCUGCCUUCAUGAACGGGCUAAGGGUAGAGGAGCUCUACUACAAGCUCGUCGAGCAGCCUCCCAAGAAUCUGGGAGAGCUCCUGAAUCGGGCUCACGCUGCUGCCAACGCAGAGGAGGCCGGCCGCCUGAAACGAGAAUCAGAUCGGGAGCUUGGGGACCGGAAAGGACGGGCAAACCACCCUGAAACUAAGGACGACCAAGCCAAGAAGAACGUCUUCGAUCGCCUCUCCAAGGAUAGGGCCCCCGCUCCACCGCCGCUCCCUGAAAAAGGAUACACGCCCCUAACCCGGCCAAGGGCGCAAAUCCUGGCUGUCAUGGAGACAGAGGGCCUGGGAGACCGGCUGCCCAAAAUGGGCACGCCUUGGAAUAAGAGGAAUCAGGACCGGUACUGUGCCUUCCACAGGGACGUCGGGCACGACACUGAGGGGUGUUGGGCCCUAAAGAGGGAGAUCGAGGACCUCGUUCAGCGCGGUUUCCUGGGUCAUUUUGUGCGGCAAGGUCGCCCCGGCCAGGAGCCCGGACGCGCCUACCGAGGAGAGAGAGGCGAUGGUCAGCACCGUGACCGACCUGAUCGCCGGGGCGCGCCCCGGGGUUAUUCACCCGACCAGGAUGCCCAGAACUUGGCAGGGGUGAUAAACACCAUCGCCGGCGGUCCCACAGGGGGGGACAGCCAUGCAGCUCGGAAAAGCAAGCGAUCUCCCCCUGAGGGGGACGACUCCCUAAAACGCCUGCGCAUGGACGAGGAGAUCACCUUCGGGCCGAGGGACGCGGUUCCCCUAGCAUCUGGGAACCAUGAGGCCAUCAUCAUCGAUGUCGUGACCAACAACUAUCGAGUGAAAAAGGUAUACGUCGACCAAGGGAGUGCGGUCGACAUUAUGUUCUAUCGGGUGUUCAAGGAGCUCGGCCUGGAGGAGGGACAGCUGACUCCUGUGCGGACACCUCUGGUAGGCUUUACCGGACCGCCUGUCCACCCAGAGGGAAUGAUCAACCUGAUGGUCACGGUGGGGCAAGCCCCCAGGUGCCGGACAAUCCCCGUCAACUUCGUGGUGGUCAAGCAACCAUCCCCGUACAACAUAUUCCUGGGCCGGCCCGCCUUGUAUGCCCUCCGAGCGAUCCCCUCAACUCUCCACCUUAGCGUCAAAUUCCCCACCCCGGAAGGAAUUGCCGAGGUACGGGGAGAUCCGGAUGCGGCUCGAACUUGUUACCUCGCCCUGCUCAGAGGGCAUGAGAAGGUGGUCGCCCAGACGGUCAGCUUGGAGCCCUAUAUCCCGGGGGAGGAGGAGCGGCAGCUGGAUACUCCGGAUGUGAUCGAGGAAUUCCCGCUGAGGAAGGGGAGGCCUGACCAGACCAUCCGCAUCGGCGCAUCACUGCCGCCCAAAGAGAAUGACGACCUGAAGGCCCUCUUAAGGGAGUACGCCCAGGUUUUUGCUUGGACGGUAGAGGACAUGCCGGGGAUUCCGACCGACCUGGCGGUGCACCACCUUAACAUAGACCCUCGCUUCAAACCGGUGAAGCAGAAGUAG